AUGAUAAACGUAACAACAAAUACUACUUUAAUUGAUAAAAUAUCUUCCUAUGAUACUCAAGGUGCUAUUAUAUUUAUCAUUGGUGUUAUAGCAUGGUAUUCUAUAGGUUUUGGUCUAAUCCUUAUAGAUACAAUUGGUUUUCGAUCAAAUCGUAUUAAAAAACAAAAAUAUACAAAUGUUUAUCGAACAGUUAAUGACUUACAUGAACAAAAAAUACGAAAUGAUAUAUUAAUAGAACUUACAGAUAAAAAUAAACGAAAGAAGCUAUGGGACAUCUAUUAUGGUAAUGAAAAAACUUCUUUAUUAACAAUAGAAAAAGAUAAAAUAAUUGUUAAUUCAAUAAUAAAACAAUUAGAAGAAUUGAAUGAACAACGUCGUUUACUUCAAAAUACUUUAUAUGGUAUAACGCUUGAUCAAUCAGAUGAUGAUGGUGGUGAUGAAACUGAAAAUAAUCAUAGUAUUGAAUAA